AUGCAUGCCCACCCAGCUGGGCCUGGCCUGGACUGGGGAGGGGAAGGAAGGCACCGAAGCCUCGAGAGAGAGCCAGCCUCGAGGGGGGUGGUGGUGGGGGCUUUGCAAGGGGUUUACAUUGCAUCUGCGUCACCGUCCUAUUGUCCCCACAUUGCUUCUUCACUACAUCUGUUAGGAAGCGAGUGAGAUCGCUGCAGUCUGCGCUGUGUGUUUAAUCAGACUGCAGUCAGUGAGUGGUUCACUCUCUUCUCUCGUGUUAGGAGUGAGAUCGAGAGAGCACGAGGGAGUGGGAGGUUACGCACUCUGCAAGAUGGAGACGGCAUCCAUGGCUGCCACGGCGGGGAGCGCCACCAUCGUUGGCGCCAAGCUCGCGGUGAAUUAUGGGGUGUCGCAGAGACGCGAACCUCAGCUUUCGUCGCGCGUUAGCUUGGGGCGUAAUUCGGUGUUUGUUAGCAAGGCUGGAGUUUAUAGCCGAGGCCCGAAUGUGGGUUCCAGGAGGGUCGGGGCCUCGAAAAGAGUGGUGGCUGUGAACUCUGCUGCUGCUGCUUCUUCUUCUUCUUCUUCUUCUUCUGCCGUAGCCGUGCCGACUUCGAGCGACGGCCAGAAAUCUGUGGCGAAGCCCACUGUGUUGGUGGCCGAGAAGCUGGGCGCCGCUGGUAUCGAGCUGUUGGAGAAGAUGGCGGUUGUGGAUUGCUCCUACAAUUUGUCUCAAGAGGAUCUGUGUGCGAAGGUUGCGGAGUGUGAUGCUUUGAUCGUGCGCAGUGGCACGAAGGUUACUCGUGAAGUGUUCGAAGCCUCCAAAGGCCGCUUGAAGGUUGUUGGAAGAGCUGGUGUGGGAAUCGACAAUGUUGACUUGCAAGCUGCCACUGAGGUUGGAUGCUUGGUUGUCAAUGCGCCUACUGCCAACACUGUGGCUGCUGCCGAGCACGGCAUUUCCCUUCUGACUGCAAUGGCCCGCAAUGUUGCGCAGGCUAGCGCAUCCAUGAAGGCCGGGAAGUGGCAAAGGAACAAGUGGGUUGGUGUGUCCUUGGUAGACAAAACACUGGCUGUGAUGGGAUUCGGGAAGGUAGGCUCAGAAGUGGCUCGUAGGGCUAAGGGCUUGGGUAUGACCGUUGUGGCCCACGACCCCUAUGCUUCAGCUGAGCGCGCGAAGGCUUUGGGAGUGGAGUUGGUGAGCUUCGAUGAAGCUCUUGCUGCUGCUGAUUUCAUCUCUCUUCACAUGCCACUAACACCGACUACGGAUAAAAUUUUCAACGAUGAAAGUUUCGGGAAGUGCAAGAAGGGUGUACGCAUUGUCAAUGUAGCACGAGGAGGCGUGAUCGACGAGCCCGCGCUUGUUCGAGCUCUUGAUGCUGGCAUUGUAGCUCAGGCUGCAUUGGACGUGUUCACUGUGGAGCCUCCCAAGGAAGGCGAUGCACUCGUGAACCACGAGAAUGUAAUUGUCACCCCUCACCUGGGAGCGAGCACCAUGGAAGCUCAGGAAGGAGUCGCCGUUGAAAUUGCUGAGGCAGUGGCUGGAGCUCUAGCAGGAGAGCUUUCAGCAACAGCUGUGAAUGCACCUAUGGUUCCCGCUGAGGUUAUUACUGAAUUGGCCCCAUACGUGACCCUGGCCGAGAGAUUGGGUAGACUUGCUGUGCAAUUGGUUUCAGGCGGUGCUGGAGUGAAGCAGGUGAAGGUGGUGUAUAGAUCUGCUCGUGCUGAUGACGACUUGGACACUCGGCUAUUGAGAGCGAUGAUCACGAAAGGUUUGAUCGAGCCAGUUUCGAGUGCAUUCAUCAACUUGGUUAACGCUGACUACGUUGCGAAGCAACGUGGUUUGAAGAUUAGUGAGGAGCGACAGCCUACUGAUGGUGCAAUUGAAGUACCAUUGGAGACUAUUACGGUGACGAUCGCAGGCGUUAAAUCCAAAUUUGCAAGUGCCAUUUCGGGGAAUGGAUCAAUUACUCUGGAAGGCAAGGUUAAGGAUGGUGUGCCAUAUCUUUCAAAGGUAGGAGACUUCGGCGUGGACGUAAGCUUAGAAGACAGCAUCAUCCUGUGCCGGCAGGUAGACCAACCAGGCAUGAUUGGGAAGGUGGGUUCUAUCUUGGGUCAAGAGAAUGUGAACAUUUCAUUUAUGAGCGUAGGACGAAAGUCACCCCGUCAGCAUGCUGUGAUGGCCAUCGGUGUGGACGAGGAGCCCUCGAAGGUGACACUUCAGAAGCUAGGUGACAUUCCGGCUGUUGAGGAGUUCGUGUUUCUCAAAUUAUGAGUUAUAACUUAAGACAUAGACGGUUCAGUUCUAUAACUUGUAGUGAAGGGAGCAUCUUCUAGGUAUCUUGCUUACCUACCUGGAUCCAAUUUUUUCCCAUAUUUGUCUGAUGUAAGCAUUUUGAAAUGCUUCGAAAAUCGAUGUGCUAGCUGGUAGUGGGAACUAUUCAGAAUGUAAAGCAGAAGCAUUUUCCCCAAACAACCGAGAUUUUUGAUGGAAUUCCUCUCACCUCA